ACAAAGAGCACAGAACGCGAACAAAUCUAUUGGUAGCAUCCGACAGUGAGAUUGGCAGCACUGCAUGUCAGAGUGUUCAGUCACCACAACCACACUCCACAUUACUCCACAGUGCUCCACGGUGCAUUUGAGUCAAUUCGAGUUUCGAGUGUUUGACGUUCAUCGUGCCACGAACGCGCAGUGGUGUGCAGUGGCGUGACACUGUGCGCGACAGUGCGUGCGUGCGCGUUCCGCCCGUGGUCAGCAAAAAUAUGCAAAAGUAUGAGAAGCUCGAAAAAAUAGGAGAAGGCACUUAUGGCACCGUGUUCAAAGCCAAGAAUCGCGAGACGCACGAAAUCGUCGCGCUGAAGCGGGUGCGACUGGACGAUGAUGAUGAAGGUGUACCAUCAUCAGCUCUACGGGAGAUCUGUCUUCUGAAGGAACUCAAGCAUAAAAAUAUAGUUCGUCUCUACGAUGUGCUACACAGCGACAAGAAGCUCACCUUGGUAUUUGAACACUGUGAUCAGGAUCUUAAGAAGUAUUUUGAUAGUCUAAAUGGAGAAAUUGACUUGGACGUCGUUAAAUCAUUCUUAUAUCAAUUGUUAAGAGGACUAGCAUUCUGUCAUAGCCGUAAUGUUUUACACAGAGACCUCAAACCACAAAACUUACUCAUCAACAAGAACGGGGAGUUGAAGCUCGCUGAUUUUGGAUUAGCAAGAGCAUUUGGUAUCCCUGUAAAAUGUUACUCAGCAGAAGUUGUUACAUUAUGGUACCGUCCCCCAGAUGUUCUUUUCGGAGCGAAAUUAUAUACAACGUCCAUUGAUAUGUGGAGCGCGGGAUGCAUAUUCGCCGAAUUAGCGAACGCCGGUAGACCGCUUUUUCCUGGAUCGGAUGUAGAUGAUCAGUUGAAAAGAAUAUUCAAAAUGUUAGGCACACCAACUGAAGAAACGUGGCCAGAUUUAACGACACUUCCUGAUUACAAACCAUUCCCGCAGUACCAUCCCACGCAAGGACUGGCACAGGUUACACCUAAACUCACUUCAAGAGGCAAAGACUUACUCCAGAGAUUAUUAGUGUGUAAUCCGGCUCUACGGCUGUCGGCAGAAGAAGCGAUGGUACAUCCGUACUUCAACGACUUGAACCCUGUCAUAAAAAACGACCGAUGCCAAUAGCAAGUCAUCCCUUUUAGCUCAAACCAACCAAAAGCAAAUUACGACACGCAGCGACCAAAAAGUGAAAAGGAAAAUGUUCUGGCAAUGAUCAUUUGUUAAUAUAUAUAUAUAUAAUGCGCUCGGAUGAGAUAAUCGUCCCUUACAACAAGAAGAAGACACCGAGUCUUGUCAUUUUAUGACGAAAAAGAAUUGAUAAAUCGUUAAUUUUAUCUUGACGGUAACUUGUUUAUAUCGAAAGUAAAAGUUUUACGGUCAACAGAAAAAAGAUACGAUAUUUCGUAUGCUGUCGGAGUCGCGACUGAUGAAUAUGAGGAUUUUAUGCGAGUUUGAGGAUAUUAAGCGCGAUUUAUUUAUUAUUAAAUUAUUAUAUCAAUAAACCGAUAUCUUAAAUAA